AUGCUUCAGGAGUUCCAGGUCAACAUUUCAUAUUGGAAGGCAUGGAGAUGCAGGGAACUUGCAUUGGAGAAAGCAUUUGGAUCGGUCUCUGGAAGUUUUGCAUUGCUCUCUUCUUAUUUGGAGAAUCUACAGAACUCUAACUCUGGGACAGUUUGCAAAACUGAGUUCGGAGUGGACAAAAAUGGUUGUCAAAUAUUCAAGUACCUAUUCAUUUCGUUUGAUGCAUCAAUUGCUGGACUCCCAUACUUAAGACCAGUGGUGAUUAUUGAUGGGACUCAUCUGGUUGGCAGAUAUGGGGGCUGUCUCAUAUGUGCUAGUGCUCAAGAUGGGAACUUUCAGAUCUAUCCAAUUACAUAUGCAGUUGUGGACAGCGAGAAUGAUGCAUCUUAUGAAUGGUUUUUCAAUUGCUUGAAAACUAUCAUUCCCAAUGAUCGUGAUGUUAUGUUUGUUUCAGACAGACACAGGAGAAUCUACUCUGGACUCAAAAAGGUGUACCCUGCUGCCGGCCAUGGUGCAUGUCUUGUUCAUUUAGCAAGGAACAUCACCGCACGGUUUAAAGAAAGUCGGCUACCUGGUCUGAUGGUCAGAGCUGUUAAAGCAUAUACCGUGUACGAAUUUCAACAGAUAUUUGCAGAUCUCCAAAGCGUAAGUCCUGGCUGUGCGAAGUACUUACAGGAUUUAGGGUUACCACACUGGACGAGAUCAUACUGCAUCGGCGAACGGUACAACGUAAUGACCACAAACGUUGCUGAGUCUCUCAACAAAGUCUUGAAAGAGUGUAGGGGAUUUCCAUUAAUCUCAAUGCUUGAGGCCAUACAGAUGAGUCUAAUCAGCUGGUUUGUUAGGAGGAAAGCUGCAUCCGCCGCAGAGCAAAAUUCUAUCAAUCCUAAAGUCUGUGACAUGUUGGACGAUAACUUCUAUGGUUGCACCGAGUCAAAGGUGGUUGUGGUCGGAGAGGAUGAGUAUGAAGUUUACAAUAGACAGGGGGAAAGGUUCAAAGUGAACCUUGUUUUAAAGUCGUGCAGCUGCAGGGAAUUUCAAAUGCUUCUCAUACCAUGCCGUCAUGCAAUGGCAGCUUCUUCGUGCAGCAAAAUUGAGUUAGAUAAGCUUGUGGGGGAGGUGUACACCACAAGGUACCGAAGAUCCCUUUAUGAAGGAGCUUUCCAUCCGGUACCAACUCCUGUAAGUUCUGGUGGGACAGAACUACUACCACCAUUAAUGCGCCGACCCCAGGGCGACCAAGGAAAACAAGGAUCCCAUCCCGUGGAGAGCUGA